AUGCCCCUGCCUCCGAACCUCGCAGCAGCAAUAGUAGCAGCAAUAGUAGUAGCGAAGAACUCGCCGUUCCCACUGUUUCCCCAAUGGGCGUCGUUGAAAACACUAGGACCGGACUGGACAGUCCAAGGAGGCUGGGCCCUCCAUUUUUCUCUGGACCACGAAAAGUCAUCUAAUGAUACCGUCAUCUUCGUCAUCGCUUACCUGGCGAUACUACCUCUUGCUGAGCUCCUCUCUUUCGGGACGGAGGAACUCGCCAUACGAGUUGGACAAACUCUUGCCGGUCUGUUGCAUGUCACGCUGCGCAAUGUUGUUGAGUUGCUUGUUGGUGGAUUUAUGCAGAAACCGGCGCAGCUCAAUGUUUCAUUAUUGGUUUUAAGUGUUACUGCUAUCCUUAUUCCCGCCGCAUUCAAGGUGACAACUACCCAGAACCUCCAAGAUAGUGAGCGGCAGAGUGAUGUACUUCGUACCAGUCAUGGGGUUGCUAUCAUCCUUUUGGUUAUUUACAUCUCGUACUUGAUUUUCCAGCUCUGGUCGCACGCGCACCUCUUCAAUGAGAAGGACGUGAACAAUUGUUCCCCUUCGAUAUUGUAUCCUCCCAGUGAUGGCAAGUCCCGAGCCCGAUUUCCGGUGGCGAAGAAUACGGGUAGUGAUGGCACUGGGUUGAACUCCACAGAAGAGCAAGGAGUGCAAUCGAAUAGAGCAGAAGGCACCAGCACUGCCGUUCAGGAUGGAAACGUGGAUGCAGAAAAGGGCGUAGGGACUUCGGCUGAAGAUGAGGAGACUCCACAGUUGACUGUGGUGGUCGCGUUUGGACUUUUGGUCAUACUUAUGGCUAUCACCACUGUGUUCCUCGUUAGCUCUACCGAUGGGCUAACGCAAUCGGGUUACAUCUCCGAGGAAUGGACAGGUCUCAUUCUUCUGCCAUUGUUGGGGGAUACCAGGGAACUCAUUACUGCUGUGUCCGGUUCUGUGAGGGAUAGGUUAGAUGUUUCGAUGGGUGUGGCCGUUGGAUCCUCAAUGCAGAUUGCCCUCCUCGUCAUUCCAUUUCUCGUCGUUCUCGCGUGGAUCAUAGAGAAAACUCUCACAUUCCUCUUUGAUCCCUUUGAGAGCAUCGUUCUUUUCCUAGCUGUUCUCACUGUUGCGUUUGCCAUAAGUGACGGCAGGAGUAAUUGGUUGGAGGGCCUGAUAUUACUAAGUUUAUAUGUUAUACUGUGGUUUUCGCCCUUCAUUGGUUAA